AUGCUGGCAGCCCAUUCUAAAAUGCUGGGCACAGUGCUGUCUGGCUCUGCCACGGGCUGCCCAUCGCGUUGCGAGUGCAGUGCUCAGGAGCGUUCGGUCUUGUGCCACCGCAAGAAGCUGAUGUCCGUUCCAGAGGGAAUCCCAUCGGAAACACGACUCUUGGAUCUCAGCAAGAAUCGAAUCAAAACCAUCAACCCAGAUGAGUUCUCCGCCUUCCCGCAGCUGGAAGAGCUGGAGCUCAGUGAAAACACCAUCUCGACCAUUGAGCCAGGGGCCUUUAACAACCUCUUUGGCCUGCAGACUCUGGGACUGCGCAGCAACAAGCUGAAGCUCAUCCAGCUGGGAGUGUUCACGGGCCUUAGUAACCUAACAAAGCUGGACAUCAGUGAAAAUAAAAUCGUAAUUCUGCUGGACUACAUGUUCCAGGACCUCUACAACUUGCACUCUCUGGAGGUUGGGGAUAAUGACCUUGUCUUCAUAUCCCACAGGGCGUUUCACGGCCUCAGCAGCCUGGAGCAGCUCACGCUCGAAAAGUGCAACCUGACCUCUGUCCCGACAGAGGCCUUCACGCACCUGCACAGCUUGGUCACGCUGCGUUUGCGAAACCUCAACAUCAACAGCAUCAGAGACUACAGCUUCAAGCGGCUCUACCGUCUCAAAGUGCUGGAGAUUGCCAACUGGCCCUACCUGGAUACCAUGACCACCAACUGCUUGUACGGAUUGAAUCUUACCUCCCUAACGAUCACUAACGUAAACCUGACAUCAAUUCCGUAUUUGGCCUUGCGGCACCUGGUUUAUCUUCGUUUCCUUAACAUGUCCUACAAUCCCAUCCAGAUGAUCGAAGGCAACCGGCUCCAUGACCUGCUCAGACUGCAAGAGUUCCACCUGGUGGGCGGUCGACUGACGAUGAUUGAACCCUAUUCCUUUAGAGGACUGAACUACCUGAAAGUCCUCAAUGUGUCCAGCAACUCCCUUACCACCCUGGAGGAGUCUGUGUUCCAUUCGGUGGGGAACCUGGAGACCCUCGCGUUGUACGACAACCCACUGGCUUGUGACUGCCGACUGCUUUGGGUUUUCCGACGCCGCUGGAGGCUCAACUUCAACCGCCAGCAGCCGACUUGCUCCUCACCCGAGUUCGUUCAGGGAAAAGAGUUCAAGGACUUCCCUGAUGUGCUGCAGCCCAAUUACUUCACGUGUCGUAAGUCUAGGAUCCGAGACCGGAAACCACAGCAGAAGUUCCUUGAUGAAGGCACCACCGUCCACUUUGUCUGCCAAGCAGAUGGAGACCCGACACCUGUCAUCAUGUGGCUUUCUCCACAAAAACAGUUUAUCACCACGAAAACAAUAGGACGGCUCACUGUUUUCCCGGAUGGCACCUUGGAGGUGCGCUACGCUCAGAUUCAGGACAAUGGGACGUAUGUGUGCAUUGCUAGCAAUGCAGGUGGAAACGACACCGCUUUGGCCCACCUACAUGUCCACAGUUACUCGCCAGACUGGCCUAACCAACCCAACAAAACCUUGGCGUUUAUCUCCAACCAACCCAACGACAACGGAGCCAAUGGAACAAGAACAACAGUCCCGUUCCCUUUUGAUAUAAAGACGCUAAUCAUCGCCACCACCAUGGGCUUCAUCUCCUUUUUGGGUGUGGUUCUGUUCUGCCUUGUUCUGCUCUUUCUUUGGAGCAGAGGCAAAGGCAACAGUAAACACAACAUUGAGAUAGAGUACGUCCCGCGCAAAUCGGACGCUGGGGCGAGCAGCAGCGGCAACGAUGCCCCUCGGAAAUUUAACAUGAAAAUGAUAUAAUCCAGCCAGGGAGCUCAAAAGACCCUUUCAAAAACAGACUCAGAGACAAAAACAAGAGAUUCCCUGCCUGUACAACCUCUGGCUCUGACGAGCUCCCCAUAGAGGAGGGGUGUUUUUCCCCCUUUCUAAAGUUGGAUGUGCGGCACAGGGGUCGGUGCUUUUUUUCAAUAUUGAACAUGAGAGGGGGAAAAUGUCCUCAUGCGCACUCCUCUGUGAUGGCCGCUUAAACUCAGCUUACGGGGACCGAUAUCUUUGAGAGAGGAUUUUGUUUUAAAACACUUCAGUUCCUGUGGAUUUUUAUGGGCAAAAAACAUGGAAAAAAAUGAAAAACUGAACCUCCAAAAUGUUUUGUGUCGACCUCCAGAAUGCAAAGGCAGAGCAUCCUUCUCCCUGCUGUCCUGCUGCCCACAUCCAUUUUGUUAGUUUGUUUGUUUAACCCAUUCUUUUCUUGUUUUCUUCUUAAAUGAAUAGUUUUAUGACAGAAUAACAGUAGAUAAAUCAGGGGUGAAAAGCACAUUUAACAAACCUAACA